CAUUGAAACAUGUUGCAGUUUGUCUCUCCCCGCUCGCGCUGUUAACUGUUUAGAUAUCUUUUUGUUUGUUUGUUUUGUUCUUUAAUUUUUGUUAGUUUUUACUUCCGGAGCAGGGCGCGCAGGACAGUGACGUCAUGGCUAAGAUGGCAGCCUCCGUGGUGGAGGGUGGAGAGGAUGCGUUUCGGAAGAUAUUCAAGUUUUACAGGAGAAGGAACCCCCCGCCGGACCUCAGCGACGUCAUCGACUUUUCCAGGUGUGCGCCCGGUGAACAGAUUGUUCCAGUUAACCUCGACGCCGCCGCGGUGAGCGAUGUGGAAGCCACCAGAGUCGGAUUACAGCCCGUCAGAGAGUGGCGAGCCUUCGGCCUGCGAGGACACCCAGGGUUCAUCUUCAUCUCUGAUCCGUUCCUGCGCGGCACGCAGCCGUUCUGGCUCCGACAGUGUCUGAAGAUUUACCCUCAGAAACCAAACGUCUGCAACCUGGACAUGCACAUGUCCCCCUUAGAGACUCAGGACAUCUGGGGACAGAGCGUGCACAGCCUGAGAUCUUCUCCGGCUGGAAAACGAGAAGCGCGGACUCUCCUGGAGCGGCUGCGCUGGGUCACGCUGGGCUAUCAUUACAACUGGGACACAAAGACGUACUCUCCCAGCAGUCACACUCCUUUCCCACGUGACCUCCACCUCCUCUCCGCUCACAUGACAGCUGCCUGCGGCUUCCCUGGCUUUAUCUCGGAAGCGGGAAUCCUCAACUAUUACCGAUCUGACUCUUCUCUGGGAAUCCACGUGGACGAGUCGGAGCUGGAUCACACUCGACCGCUGCUGUCGUUUAGUUUUGGUCAGUCAGCCAUCUUUCUCCUCGGUGGCCCUCGCAGACAGGACCCCCCCACAGCCAUGCUCAUGCACAGCGGGGACGUGAUGGUGAUGUCGGGGCCCAGCCGCCUUCUGUACCACGCGGUCCCACGAAUCCUCCCCGCACCUCCGGGGCGUCUGGCGUUAGAGACGGGGGGAUGCAUCCAGACCCCCCCGACACAUGAAGGCUCCAUGGUGGAGCCGUUGUCCAAGGAGGAAUGGGCCGUCUGCUCCAGGUACAUCCAGAGCUCCAGAGUGAAUGUGACCGUCAGACAGGUGCUGGCGCCUGGACAGAAAUUUCCAGAAAUUCCCCGUUCUCACCAAACCACGGACACUGGACAGACGGACGGAUACGAUGAUGGAGAGAGCGGAAAGAGGAAGAGGAGCAGCAGGGACUCUCCUUGUGCUGCAGAGACAUUAACUCACUGAGGGGAUUUACAGCACGGGCCUCCAUGAAGGACGGCGUCUGCUUGGUUACUGGGUUUAUUGGUUUAAAGGAUUUAUGAGUGGGUCAGUGUGUAGAUGCUGCCAGAGAUGGGACGAGACCUGAUCUAAAAAUUAACUCUUAGGAGUACGGUGCUAAAUCUGUGAUCCAGUUCAGUGUUAAAAUGAUUGUUUACGAUUGUGGGAUUAGGACUACAUGUUAGUCCUCCCUAAUAUCUUGAACUGAUUCAGUUAAGAACAGUGAGCAGUAAUCAUCAUGGACGCAGAUAUACAUCUAUAGAGAUAGAUAUGACUGUACAGUCAUAUAUAUAGAUAUAGAUAUAGAUAUAUAUAGAUAUAUAUAUCUCUAUACACACAUAUGUGUGUGUGUGUAUAUAGGUGUGUAUAUAGAUAGACAGACAUAUACGUAUACACACAAACAAACAGGGCACUUGCCUAAAGGUUGACGAUCCCUGUUGCUUCAUCUGUGGACUAUUUCAUCAUUAAACAAGCCUGGUGUUCUUUACUUCAUGUUUGGUAAUGUCUCCUAACAUCAUUGAACCACACAGCCUUUGAAGGUGCCACCAGUUCAGGUACUCUUGAACUCUCAUUACUCUCUCUCUCUCUCAACAAACUACAACCUCACAUUCCAAGUUAAAACUCUAAUGUUGCUUCUUCCUGACGUUGCCGACCUCAGGGAGGACGAUAUCCCCCCCUGUCUUGGCGUCCUGGCUCCCCCUUGCCGUAGCACAUGUGUGUUGUACCUCAUCACCAUGAGAGCUAAGCACUGGAUGCAGAGGCCCAAGUAGGACUUGAACUUGUGACUCACACUCCAAAGGCGUAGAGUCUUACUACUACACUAUCCAGCUGAUAUUGACAUGAACAUCAUAUAUAUAUACACGAUUACACUGAAUCACAUGUUGUAUUAAUGUUGCCAUGUACCCAUUUUCACACCUUGGCUCAAGGUCCAUGUCCCUGUUCUCCACCAGUUCCUCUUGGAAGUGAAAAGAUUCUCGAAUUAAAG